AUGGUGUAUCUUAUCUCUGAUGCGAAUUGGUGGAGGCAAGCUGUAAUCUACCAAAUCUACCCAAGAUCUUUCGCAGAUGCCAAUGGAGACGGAAUCGGGGAUCUGAAAGGGAUCACAUCUCGUGUACCAUACCUCAAAGCUCUGGGAGUUGAUGCUGUGUGGAUGAGCCCUUUCUACCCUUCUGCGCUAAAGGACGGUGGCUACGACGUGGCGGACUACCGAGACAUAGACCCAAAGAUUGGUACCCUGGAAGACUUUGACGAGAUGAGCGCUGCCUUGAAGGCCGCGGGUAUCAAGGUUAUGGUAGAUAUUGUGCCAAACCACUCGAGUGAUGAUCAUGAAUGGUUUCAAGCGGCUUUGAAAGCAGGUAAAGGCUCGGCAGAGAGGGAGAGAUAUAUCUUCAGAGAUGGCCUUGGACCAAACAAGGAUCAAGCUCCUACAGAUUGGAUUUGCACCUUUGGUGGUCCAGCAUGGUCACCUUCCGGUGUGGAUGACGGACAAUGGUAUUUCCAUUGGUUUGAUUCGUCUCAACCUGAUUUCAAUUGGGAACAUCCGGAUGUCAAAGCAGAUUUCCUGAAAACAUUGAGAUUCUGGGGUGAUCGAGGUGUUUCUGGAUUUAGAAUUGAUGUAGCUCAUGGUCUUACAAAGGAUAUGAAGGAACCUCUACCUGAUUGGAAAGAAUUGAGCGAUAUGACAACUAGAAAAUUGACAAGUGGGAAUGCCGGUUUAGAUCAUCCCCUUUACGAUAGAGAUGAAGUACAUGAUAUUUACAGAUCAUGGAGAAAACUCUUCAAUCAAUACAACCCGCCUCUGAUGGCUGUGGCGGAAGCUUGGGUCGCACCUGAUCGAAAGGGACUAUACGCCUCCUCCGAUGGUCUCGGUCAAGCCUUUUCCUUCGAUAUCCUCCUUUGUAAUUUCGAUGCGGAUGAAUAUCGAGAAUGCAUUGAUCGAUCAUUAGAAGCUAGUAAAGAAUCUAAAUCAAGUACAACUUGGGUACUUUCCAACCACGAUGUUAUGCGACACGCAAGUCGUUUCGGACUUCCCAACGUUCCCAAUGCGAACCUGCCAGUAUCUCAGAUAGCCCUGAAUCAGUUCCUCCUUGACAAGUUCCAAGUUCAAAAGGUUGACAUCGAAAGCGGUCUCAAAAGGGCCAGAGCCGCGACUCUUAUGAUUCUUGCGUUACCUGGAUCUACUUACAUUUAUCAAGGCGAGGAACUUGGUCUACAAGAAGUUGUCGAGAUCAACGAGGAAGAAAGGCAAGAUCCCAUCUUCCGUCGAACUGAGGGUAAAGACGUUGGUCGAGAUGGAUGUCGAGUACCAAUUCCAUGGGUUGCGAACGAAAGAAACUUUGGCUAUGGUCUUGGCAAACCUGCCCAUCUUCCUCAACCUGAUUGGAUGGCUCAAUAUGCUGUUGAUGUAGAAGAGAAAGACUCCAACAGUACUUUGAGCACUUAUCGACGUGCAAUCCAAUUAAGGAAGAAAUUACAAACUUCCGAAGACCUCGAAUGGGUAGAUAAUUCAAACAAAGACGUUUUACACUUCAGAAGACCUAACGGAUGGGAGAUCCUUGUCAAUACUGGCAGAGCUGAAGUCGACAUGCCAGCUAGUAGUAAAGUAUUGAUCAGCUCUUCAGGUAGUACUUUGGAGGGAAACAAGGUUCCCGGAGAAACUACUGUCUGGUUUCAAGGUGCAUAG